AUUGCUGCUUCAAUGAGACAUGCCCUCUUUUAGCCAGCAGAUCCGACCUGCUUGCUUACAGCUGCACUAGGGUCUGACAACAUUGAUCUGUAUAUUAAGACACUACGGAACCAGCGCAAGAUAUGGCUCAGAAAACAUACCUCAAUCCAGGGAUGAGAAAUGCGUUAUAUUCCGAAUUAUCCCAACUGUUACACUGAGAAGAUUGAACAACUGCUAGUUUUGAAAGAAAACGAUAUCUACAUGGCUUUAACCUGUAUCCAGCAUUGUCAGAGAUGCACCAGUUUACUGAGGUCAAGGAGUGUUGGUAUCACCACCCUUCAGUAUUCCACAGAUGCCCAGCAUUGGCCUGCAGCCCUCUGGAAUUCUUUCAUUGUUCGAGUCUUGCCCUCUGUGCUCCAGAGAAGUCCGAAUCCAUCUCAGACGCGACAGAGGUGGAAUCUAGGAGUGCGGAGUUACUGUGAAUCUCAUGCUAAGGUCCAACCAUCUCAAACGAAACACGGGAAUACUGAUGAGUUACCUGAGACUGAUAUGGUGUCAUAUCAGAAUCCUGUCUCCCAUCAACUCAUAGAUGGAGGGAUGCUUCUGAAGGAGUGGCAGACAGCUUUUGAUUUGGAUGAUGCCCCAGGCCACUCUGCAUUAGAGGAGAUCAGUCACGAGGAGGCAGUUCAUAUGAACAUCCCAGCUGCCCUGCCUCCUGUCUCCAUCUCCCUGAAAGACUAUGUCAACGAGUCAGAGACGCUUGGAAAGCUUAUACAGCUAGGUGUUCAGCUAUGGAAACUGGAGCAGAGGCCUAACGUGGGUUCCAUGUUGCUGAGGCUAGACUUCCAGACAGACGUGACCCCACGGCUGGUCUUCCUGAAGCAGCUGGGAGUGGACGAUUCUCGCCUGGGUUAUCUGAUCAGCCACAACCCCUUCAUCCUCACAGAGAGCCUGGAGAACCUGCAGGCCAGGGUGGCAUAUCUUAGGUCCAAGAAGUUCAGCGCUGAGUCUGUGGCUUCCAUGGUGUCCAGAGCUCCGUACCUGCUGAACUUCAGUGUGAAGAGGAUGGACAACCGCCUUGGAUUCUACCAACAGCAGUUAGGCCUUAGUGCUCAGAAGACACGGGAUGUUGUGGCUCGCCUUCCCAGACUUUUGUGUGGAAGCUUGGAGACAGUUAAGGAGAAUCUUAAGAUAUGCAAACUGGAGAUGGGGUUUCGUGAAAAUGAGCUCCAGCACAUUGUCACUGUAAUCCCCAAAGUUCUUACUGCUAACAAGAGGAAACUGACCCAGAUAUUUGACUACAUCCACAACACCAUGAACAUACCCCAUGACCUGAUUGUAAAGUUCCCACAGGUCCUGAAUGCAAAGUACCUUCGUAUCAAAGAAAGACACCUGUUCCUGCAAUACCUAGAUAAGGCUCAGUAUGACCCUGCCAAGCCUAACUACAUCUGUCUGGACAAGCUUGUCUCCCUGCCAGAUGAGGCCUUCUGCACUGAAGUGGCAUCAGCCACACUAAAGGACUUUGAACUGUUUCAGAAGACAAUGUAAUUAAUAAAACACUACAGUUUCUGUAUAUGUGUGUUAUGUGAAUAAAUUUGUUGAAGAUA